AUGUCAAAGUAAUGGUAGAUGCAUUAGAGUGUGCAAGAGAGCCUCUGUUCUUCCCUAAACAAGGACGAAAUACUGGAGGAGUUUUUGAGCAUAUGCAAUGAGAUAUCUCAGGAAGAUCAAAGUAGUCUAAAGAGUUUGAAUUCAAAAAUCCAAACCAUCAAGAAACACUAUGCCUAAUAGAAAUGCAGAAUUGAACAUCAAUUUAAAUACAUUUACACCUUGCUAGAAUAAAAGAAGAAAGAGUUAAUGACUUUAUUAAGUACUCAUGAGUAGGAAUUGGAUAAAACAUUCAAAAAUUUACUCGAACAAGUUACUCAAAUACAAUCUGUUAUUUUUAAUAUCUAAAAUGAUAUUCUAAGUAAUAGAUAGGAAAUUGUAUCAGAAGUUGAUGAUGAUACCUUUCAUAAUAUUCUCUCGCAAUUUGAUUAAGAAAUACAGAUGACUCAAAAAUACAAAAGGGAAAUUUUGUCAUCUAAAAUUACCCUCAUCAUUAUUGAAGAGUGGACUUCGCAUCAUCAAGAUGUCAUUAAAAGUUUACUCAACUAAUGCAUCACUAUUAAGGAUUAUCAAAAGCAAAUUGAAACUCAGCAUUCAGAAUUAAGUGCCUCAACUAGUAGUGAAAGGUUCCAUUCUUCAAACAGAUCCAGUUAAGAACUCAGCAUGAAACAAUAAACACCAUUGAUCGUAAGUUUUGAUUAAAAAUAUUUUCUAACUUAAAAAUAAACUGAGAUAUCAAAAUCUGAUUCUGAUAUGCACGAUAGUUGUGAGUCUGAUUUCCUAAAAGAAAUGACACAAUCCUGA